CUGAGGUAGAGAUACCAGGCUGUUUCGAUCUUUUGAGACACCUCUCUUUCUCACGUGUUGACGCCAAGGCCCCCUUCCGAGCAAAAUGGCCGACGCGCUUCUCCUCCGGGUCAGCCUGUUCGUAAAGGGGGAAGAUGCUCCGGAGUGGUCGUUUGAUUUAUCGGUGAUCUUGGUAUCAGGUCUGACAGGAAGUUUAAUCAACCGCGGUGCGAACGUUCGAGUCGAGAGGAAGGUGCUCUCUUCAGCGAAAAUGACUUUCAACCGGUUGCUGUCCAGGGCUGUUUUUGUCAGCAGAGCUGGCUGCAGGUCUGCUUUCACAGGCUCCAAGCCUGAUAUGACCAACCCCAACUGGUUCAGAGUGGGUCUUGCUUUUGGAACAUCUGCUUUCCUAUGGGGCUUGCUCUUCAAACAGCACAGCACAGACACUCAUGAGUACAAAGUGAGGAAUGGCCUGGAAUAACCUACAAAACUCACAGGAGGUUGUUGGUGUUGGUCUGCUUCUUUCUGGUUUGUCUCUUCCCCAUUUCUCAACGUGGAUUAUAUGUAAAUAAAAACAUUUGUCAUGUGAACA